AGGGCAGCGCUCGGCUGGCCGGCGGGCAGUGCGGCGGCCCGCGCGCGGCGGGCGAUGCUGGGGGGCGUCUCCGGGGCCCGGGAGCGCGAGGCGGAGGGCGACGGAGGCGGGGCUGUGCCUGCGCCGCCUGCCAUCGACUUCCCGGCCGAGGGCUCGGACCCCAAGUACGAUGAAUCUGACGUGCCGGCAGAACUCCAGGUGCUGAAAGGGCCUCUGCAGCAGCCGACCUUCCCUUUUGCAGUUGCAAACCAGCUCUUGCUGGUUUCUUUGCUGGAACACUUGAGCCAUGUGCACGAGCCCAACCCACUUCGCUCAAGACAGGUGUUUAAAUUACUUUGUCAGACCUUUAUCAAAAUGGGGCUGCUGUCGUCCUUCACUUGUAGUGAUGAGUUUAGCUCAUUGCGGCUACAUCACAACAGAGCUAUUACGCACUUAAUGAGGUCAGCCAGGGAGAGAGUCCGUCAGGGUCCUUGUGAGGAUAAUUCUCAUAUCCAGAAGACCAGAUCAAGGGAAGUAAGCUUUGAAGCACAGACUUCCCGCUACUUAAAUGAAUUUGAAGAACUUGCCACCUUAGGAAAAGGUGGAUAUGGCAGAGUGUACAAGGUCAGGAAUAAAUUAGAUGGUCAAUACUAUGCAAUUAAAAAAAUCCUGAUAAAGGGGGCAACGAAAACAGAUUGCAUGAAGGUGCUACGGGAAGUUAAGGUGCUGGCUGGUCUCCAGCAUCCUAAUAUUGUGGGCUAUCACACUGCCUGGAUAGAACAUGUGCACGUGGCCCAGAGGCAAGCAGAUAGAAUUUCUGUUCAGUUGCCAUCUCUGAAAGUGAUCGACCAGGACGACCACAGAGAUGGAUAUGAUGUUAAAAGUGAUGAAAGUAACAGCUCAUCUAUUGUCUUUGCCGAAUUCACCCCGGAGGAAGAAAAAUCCUUCGUUGAAUCGGGCGUGGACAGUGGCAAGAACAGAGUGGUGGCCCGCACCGCCGGUUUAGUCCCGAGAAAUGCCAGUGAAUUUGAAUUGUCCCUUGAGUGCCAAGAAAAAGGCUUGUCUGAUGGGUCUUCCACAUCGAUCGGUGGGUCUCACCUGCCACUUCAGCAUCACUCCAACCUGGAAGAGAAUUUCACCUCCACCGAGGAAUCUUCGGAAGAACACUUAAACUUGCUGGGGCAGACAGAGGUGCAGUACCGCCUGAUGCUGCACAUCCAGAUGCAGCUGUGCGAGCUCUCGCUGUGGGACUGGAUCGCGGACAGGAACCAGCGGGCCCGGGAGAGCGUGGACGAGUCCGCCUGUCCUUAUGUUAUGGCCAGUGUUGCAACAAAAAUUUUUCAAGAAUUGGUGGAAGGUGUGUUUUACAUACACAACAUGGGAAUUGUACAUAGAGAUCUAAAGCCCAGAAAUAUUUUUCUUCAUGGCCCCGAUCAGCAAGUGAAAAUUGGAGACUUUGGCCUGGCCUGCACAGACAUCAUACAGAAGAACACAGACUGGGCCAACGGAAAUGGGAAGAGAACGCCAACACACACCUCCAGAGUGGGCACUUGUCUGUAUGCGUCACCUGAGCAGUUGGAAGGCUCCGAGUAUGAUGCCAAGUCAGACAUGUACAGCUUGGGGGUCAUCCUGCUGGAGCUCUUCCAGCCGUUUGGAACAGAGAUGGAGCGAGCGCAGGUUCUCACAGGUCUGAGAAGCGGCCGGAUGCCCGAGUCCCUCGGGAAAAGGUGCCCCGUCCAAGCCAAGUACAUCCAGCACCUGACCCGGAGAAACGCGUCCCAGAGGCCGUCUGCACUUCAGCUGCUGCAGAGCGAACUUUUCCAAAAUUCUGGAAACGUUAAUCUCACCCUGCAGAUGAAGAUACUAGAGCAAGAGAAAGAAAUCGAAGACCUGAAGCAGCAGCUGCGCCUCCUCUCUCAGGACAGAGGGGUGGAGGAGGACGUGAGAGACGAGCGGGAGCCCGUCUAGCCCAGCGGGCUCUGUACAUACGAAUGUGGACUUAUUACUCGUUAAGCUCAGUACUUAACUGGAAUGGACAUUUUCAGUCUUUUUUUUUUUUUUUUUUUUUUAGGUGUAACUCUUAGUCCUAUUUAGUAAGCCCGAACAAGUCUUAGUAAAGUGGGUUUGGAAGUUCCCCCAAGCUGCUUUUUCCUAAGGAACUGUUUUCCGGCCACAUUCUGAACUUCUGGCGGCUCUGGAGGAGACCUCCUCCGUUCUUGCCCUUCUCCGGAAUGUCUGACUCAAGUGCCACUGGCCAGCCAGGCUCCGAAAGUCCUCUGGGAGGCUCUGCUGCAGACCUGGGUGUGCCCCGCGCCCACUGCCGCCCAGGCCUGUGCACUAGCUGGGCUGCUCCAGGCUUGACAGCUGUUAACUAACCAACCUCCAGCUGCUGCCCGGUCAUUGCCGGGAAUGAACUGGCUCUGUGGCUGCUGCUGCAUCUCAGCGCCGUGCGGCCUGCCUCCGGUCUCACCUUACCACCGUCCCCAGCCCACACCGCGUCAAAGCUUUGUGCUUCUGGUCCCGUUGAGCUCCAAGCAGCUCUGCUAUCAGCGUCCCUGCUCUUGUUCCCAUGGCCCUUCCUCCAUCAGAGACUUGCCUCCCCCCAAACCUACAUUCCCCAGAGGCAGUGACGUGACACAUUCACCCCUAUGCCCCCAAAUGUACCUGCCAGGCAGCUGGCAGGGUGUGUUGCACACAGCGUUGGUGCAUGUUCAAUAAAAUGAAGACCACAGAGUGA